AGCACAGAAAAGGGGAAGAGCAGGGUAGAACCGCAGAGACUGAGGAGCAGCAAGAGGCCUGGGCAGAGGGAAGACUGAAGAGAAAGGGUCUCUGAAGGCGAAGGGGCUGCUGCUUAGCAGGGUGCCACUUGCACAGCUACUGAGAUGCCAUAAGGCUUCUAGGCUGAGCUGCUAGAGACUCAGCCUUGGUGGCCAGAGGCUCCCAACACACUGGUGGGUGUGUGCAGCUUCAGGAAACUGCUCCUCAGCCUGUGCCCCUCCUGUUUGGCAGCCCGGCUACCAUGGAGGCCCCAGAAGUCCCUGUGGGCUCCCUGAUUGACUUUGGGACUGAACCACCUACCUCCCCUCCCCUGGAGGCAGCACCUUCGACACUCCAGGACCCAGAUGGCUCCUUGGGUGACGGUGCAUCUGAGAGUGAGACCACGGAGUCUGCAGACAGUGAGAAUGACAUGGGCGAGUCACCCUCACACCCGUCCUGGGACCAAGACCGCCGCUCUUCCUCCAAUGAGUCCUUCUCCUCCAAUCAGAGCGCUGAUUCAGCCCCAGACGAGGAGACCCUGGCACUUCGAGAGUUCAUGCGCAGCUACGUAGAGAAGAUUUUCUCUGGAGGGGAGGACUUGGACCAGGAAGAGAAGGCCAAGUUUGGGGAGUACUGCAGUGGUGAAGAUGGGAAAGGCCGUGAGUGGUUCGCACGGUUUGUGAGUGCACAGCGCUGCAAGUCCAAGUGUGUGUCUGAGCCAACCUUCUACCGCCUGGUGCAGUCCUUCGCGGUGGUGCUGUUUGAGUGUCACCAGAUGGACGACUUCGGGCCUGCCAAGAACCUCAUGACCAUGUGCUUCACCUACUACCACCUGGGCAAACCACACCUGCUCCCCACAGAGCCCAGGGAGAAGCCGGCUGGCAGCAUUGACUCCUACCUGAAGUCAGCUAACAGCUGGCUGGCAGAGAAGAAGGACAUUGCUGAGCGUCUGCUGAAGAACACAGAGAACAUGAAGGGCUUCUUUGGGGGCCUGGAGACCAAGCUGAAAGGGCCGCUGGUCAGGAAAAAUGAGGAAGAUGAAAACAAACCCAAGGACAGACAGAUGAAGACUGUGACUGUGAUCAGCCCUGAAGAUGAACAGAAGGGGGAGAAGGUUUACCUGUACACGCAUCUGAAGCAGCAGCCCAUCUGGCACACAUUGAGGUUCUGGAAUGCAGCCUUUUUUGAUGCUGUCCACUGUGAGAGGCGGAAGCGAUCCCCCACCACCAGAGGGGAUGCUGGAGAGCAGGAGGAGAAGAGGGAGAAAUGGUGCCACAUGACCCAGGAAGAGCGGGAUGACAGCCUGCGGUUCAAUGAGAAUAUCACCUUCGGGCAACUGGGUACAUUCACCCACAACAUGCUGGCCUUUGGCCUGAACAAGAAGCUGUGCAGUGACUUCCUGAAGAAGCAGGCUGUGAUUGGCAACCUGGAUGAGGAGCAAUACAAGCUGCUAAGUGACCACAUUGAACAAAUGGCCACAGAAUAGGAGGUCAGCACACGCUGCUCUCCCGGGAGCUGUCACCCCAGUGAUGACCCUGCAUGACACCAGCAGCACCCAGAGCCGUUCCUGGCUGCCCUAGAACUAGCAGUUAAAAGACUCCAGAAGCCUGUCUCCCCCUGCCUGUGUUUGCUCCCCACUCUAUGUACAAGGUGUCCCUUUGGUUACACAGCUAAAAAUGAGGGACCAUCUACCCCCACCUAUCCUUGAGCACCAGGCUUAUGAGAUGAGACAGACGGUGGAGGAGGCCAUAAGCUAGGGUCCCAGAGUUCCUUCUGAGAGCCAGGGACAUGUGGACAUGGAGGUGCAGGAGGGACACACACAGCUAUAAGGUGCAAACAGAACCUCCACUGAGGGUCACAGCCAGCCACUCCCUGCCACAGGACUUUGUGGGAGCAUAGCUGUGUGGAGGGACCGUGGAGCCUUCCUGAAAGGUCUUGGCUACCUGCUCUUUGUCACCUCUGCAUGUGGCAGGAACUAGAAAUCACAGGAACUGGAAGAGAACUCAAAGGUUGUCACUUUCCUAAGGGUGUGAGUGUUCUGCCAGCCACAGCCUUGUCUCAGACUCCAGAAGUCUGUCAACAGAACCUGUGAACUGUCCACUCGACGCCGUCUCUCCUUCAGUAACAGAGAAAAUUCUCAGUUCUCAGACAGCAGCAAUAUAUGUCAUGGAGUGCAAGAAGCAUGGGGGAAUGGUGUCGUCGGCAGCGCUGGGAGGACACCCUUGCUAAGACUGCUUAGAGCUGGAGCACACAGAAUCCAUCUGACUGAGAGGAGGCCACAGGGAAGUGAAGUUGCCUGAUAGCUCCAGCCCGUGCCCUUCUCCUUCUGAAAGACCCACAGGGACUUGCCUCCUCUGCACCCAUGUGCCAGACAAAGUCUAACCCACAGCAUCCAGUGUGCUGGCUCCAGAGCUGCUGUCCCCAUCCACCCCACCAGCAGCCUAGGUUCCUUCUGUGCCAGCGACAGCCAUUCUGGUCACUGACCUUGAAUUCGGCCUUGCAGGCUCUGCUGUCACCCUCCAUUGCCUCAUCGUUCCCCAUCCCUCAGCCUUCAGUCAUAUUCAGUCAAGGUCUGUCUGCGAGCACAGCAGUCCUCUCCUGACAGCCAUGUACUCAGCUGCCGUAGGCAAGCUUUCCCUGUGGGGAAUGUCUCCCUAGGAUGUCCAAAGAAAAGCAGAUGGGGUCGAGCUUUUGAUCGAGCAUUUCUUGGAUGUUGGGGGUGACCAAGGCCGUUCAUUCAUCGCGGAACAAUUCAAACAAAUGCUGACAGCCUGGUCAGCCCCCGAUGACAUAGGAUGUAUUACUGGGGCCAGCUAGGACACCCACCCCAACCUUAGGACCCCAUAACUGUGCCUGUCUCCACUCCUGUGUUUUAGGGAAGUGACAUCAAGUUGGGAUCACCCCUGCUGUCCUCUCUAGAGCCUUCCUCAACUGUACAAGUAUGGCAGCCUCUCCUUGCUCCUCCCAGUCCUGCGUUAGUUGAGCUCAGGAGUAGUGAGACUUGACUCCAGCAGCUGCGUUGUCUGAUUUCUGCCUUGCCCCGUGCAGCCAUGCACAGCCUUAAGGGGAAGAGAACCAGUGGUUCCAGCACACGGUCUUUAGAAGUGACUUGGAGACUGUUCCACAACAACUUUUUGAGAUAACCCUUCAAGGAGAAAAGGAAGGAUGGCUCUGUUAUCUGUUUUGUCUGUCUUGCUUUUUAUUCUUGCAGAUCCAGCCCUACAGAGUUGGGAAACUCUGACCCAUGUUAGAUCUACAGGCCACUGCUAAGUACUUGGUAGCCCUCUGAGGACAAGGUGGCCCUUGAUGGGAGCAAAGAUGCAGGUGAUGGAGGUGAGCCCACCAUCACCUGCAGAUGUCCUGUGUUGACAACUAGCCUUGUCAUCUGGGAGUCUCUGGCCAGUGUCUCUGGGAGGUCACUAGUCUGCCCAUGAGUUAUCUUGUCUUCCUGUGGUAGCUUUCCCCUAGGGCUCACCAAGCACUGGUGAGCCCUGGCAAGCACUCCUUGGCUGCCCUGCUGAGCUCACAAGCAGGUCAAAUUACCUGGAUAAUCCCAAGCAGUAUCUCCAGUCUUGGCUGGUAGUGGCCCAGAUCUGUGCAGGCCCAUUAGCAGCACACUCAAGCCUUUCUGACAUGUGACCUUCAGCGCUGUGUGAGUCUUUGUCACUCACAACAGUGUUGUCACCAGUUCUGAAAACAGGCCAGUGGUAAACUGUGACUCUGCUGCGGUCAGCUUUGUUAGCAUAUUAUGGGUGUCGGUUGCAGAGCGUGGCAGCCUCCAGGCUGAGUGUCUAGCCACAGGCGGGGCCACACUCGGGUCUAUUGAGAGAUCUGCAUUGCGCAACCUGGCAUGCCAUGAUUUUUCUCUUGGAGGGCAGUGUCUCAACAAGCGGGCUGCAGACAAAGCUGGUGUCCAAGCUUCAUCCACAUAGGAAGGAAGUCUGCCUGGCUGGGCCUACUGUACACCUGUAAUCCUUCACUCAGGAGGUGAAGGCAGGAGAAUCAGGAGUUCAAGGUCAUUCUCAGCUACAUAGGGAGUUCAAAGCCAACCUGGGCCACACGAGCCCUGAUCUCAAGGGAAAAAACAAAAACAAAACAGCAAAAGGUGAUCCUGAGAACUCAGGGUAGCCUUAGAGCCAGUGUCCCAGCUGAAGAGUUAGCCUGAUACAGAUGGGGUCCCACAGCCUGCCUUGUCCCCCCUCACCCAAGAGGAAGCAGUCAGUGCUCUGUUUCUGUGGAUCAGGGACACUGGAGGCUCCAAGGGCAGCUUGCUACUCUAGAAACACCUGCCAUUCCAGGUUGCUGGUGUGAGUGACCCAAGUUUCCCUGCUGGGAACUGUGUGAAGAGUGGAGGUCUAAUUGUGGUGACCUCAGAAGUCCCAGGCGAGCUUGACCUUCCUGGGUCACGUGACUAGCUGGUUUUUUCAUGCUGAGUCUGCACAGCUGGAACAGCUUUAUCCCGGUUCCCAGACUGCAGUUGGACAGCCAGAAGACUCCAAAACUAGAGGAUUCUUGUGUGGAACACAUAGGAAGGGCCUCUAGGAGGUGGCUCUGAGCCUAAAGCCUCGGGGAAACAGUGGUUCCUGGGUUCCAGGCUCCUGCCCCCACACCUCCCAUCUUCCUUCAGAUCCAUCCUCACAGCCACAGUCUCAGGUUUGUUUAGCUUGAGAAGCUGCCGGUAGAUGCCCACGGAAUGGGCCUCAUUGACUGGACAGGCCUCUUGCUGCUGGGUUCCUGUGCUCCACCCCUUCAGGGAGUACACUAUUAGGUCAGAAAAUGAGCGGACCCGUCUUUUCCAGACUGCUCACAUGUGGUGAACAUACCCCUACUAAGGCCACCUUCCAUGGCAGGCUCCUGCAGGGCCUCCAUUCUGUACUGCAGUUCCCCUGGAGACUCUGGCUCAGCAUGCCACCUGCUCCUGGAGAGGGAUGGGGUCCAGAGAGUGAUGUGGGCCAGUUUGCCCUGCUGCAGGGUGACAGGGAAGCUUAUGCAAAUGUCCCUCUGGUAGUUAGUCUGAGCUUUGAAAAACAGAGCUGGGAGCACCACCCCAAGUUGGGCUGUGUUCAUGGGGCUCCUCAGGAAGUUGGUGCUUUGGGGGACCAGCUUCACUGUAGACUCCAGGCUCUGAUGGGAAGUGGUAUGAGUUCAGUUACAAGCUCUGCUCAACUUCAGAGAGAGAACUUUAUCCAGAAAGGACCCCUGCCCAUGGAUUGCCUUGGCUUGGCUCCUGAGCUGAGGAGCCCUUACUGCUAGAUGAUGGCUAUGUUCAUGGAAAGGAGGAAAGAGACCCUGCCUGGGGUGGGGGAGAAAGGUUGGCUCACCGCCAUGCUUGCAAGAGGCGCUAGCAUAGGGUCAGCUGGGGAGAAGAACGCUGGUCAGUAGCCUGAAACCGUCACUUCAUUCAGAAUGGGGAUCCCUGAGAGGGAUGAGUUGGACAUUUGACUGUUGGGAGACACUAGUCUCAGACAGCAGCCAUGUAUCCCCAUGGAGCAUAUGUGAGGACUUGGACCGUCGGCUGCCUUGCCAUACCCGGUUCCCAGUGCAGUUCCUGUGGGGACUCCGCCUGUGCGGUCUGUUCUCUCUUAGGGUUCCAUACCCAUUUUUUGCCAGAAGCCCCCCAGUGAUGCUGUGUUUUAUAUGUUAGUUACACAACUUGGUGCCCUGCCAGGUCAUGUUCUAAAAUUAAGGUUGAGAAAGUUAUGAGGUUGAGGAUCUCAGGCAGGGCUGUUUCCUGUGAAGAAAAAAAAAAGUGUACCUAUCCAUAUAUAUAGUACCUUGACUUGUCAGGAGGUGAAAGCUGAAAUAAAUUAUCUUUGAAAAAAGAA